UCCCGACGCGCUUUACGGCGCUCCUGCCGUGCCGCGCGGCGCUGCUGGAGCUGGCGGCGCGGUUGGUGCGGUCGGGUCGCGGCGGUGUGCACGGCGUGCUGUGGUGGUGUGCUCGCGCUGGGAUGAGCGCGCGCUGCCCGGCCGCGCAGCGGAGUCAUGGCCAGCACAGUGGUAGCAGUUGGACUGACUAUUGCCGCUGCAGGAUUUGCAGGCCGUUAUGCUUUACAAGCCAUGAAGCAUGUGGAACCUCAAGUAAAACAAGUUUUUCAAAGCCUACCAAAAUCUGCCUUCAGUGGUGGGUACUAUAAAGGUGGGUUUGAACCCAAAAUGACAAAACGGGAGGCAGCAUUAAUACUAGGUGUAAGCCCUACUGCCAAUAAAGGAAAGAUCAGGGAUGCUCACAGACGGAUUAUGCUCUUAAACCACCCAGACAAGGGUAGAGUCCAUACACACAUAUUCUACCGGUAUCCUCUUGAUGCUCUUUGAUGGGCUUAGGACCACACUGCUUCAUCAGGAGGAUCUCCUUAUAUAGCAGCAAAAAUCAAUGAAGCUAAAGACUUACUAGAAGGUCAAGCUAAAAAAUAAAUGUGAUGAAUUUUAAGUCCAUUAGUCUAUGUAUAUGUUUUUGUAAUAAAAUACCUCAGAGCUAUAAUUUGUGAAAUGA